AUGUGCAGCCCUGGCCCUCUGCGGCUGCCUCCGCUGCGCAGCCCUGGCCCUCUGCGGCUGCCUCCGCUGCGCAGCCCUGGCCCUCUGCGGCUGCCUCCGCUGCGCAGCCCUGGCCCUCUGCGGCUGCCUCCGCUGCGCAGCCCUGGCCCUCUGCGGCUGCCUCCGCUGCGCAGCCCUGGCCCUUUGCGGCUGCCUCCGCUGCGCAGCCCUCAGGCUCCCGGGAGGCCUCUGCCCUGGCCCAGAAGCCUGCUGGUCUCCCAAUGGUCGCCAGGGCCGCAGGCACCCCCAUUGAAGGGCACAUCAGUCUGCCACAACUCUCCGCAUCGGCGCUCGGCGGCCCGGCCUCGCCCGUGCGGCCCGGCGGCGCCCCCACGGCCUGCAGCACCGGACACGUCCUUCUGCUCAUUCUCCGCCUCCUCCUCGGGUGAAGACGCGUCUCAGCGUCCCGGCGUCGGUGCUGUUGCCCCGCCUGGCGCUGGUUCUGCCCAAGUGGGGCAGAAGCGGGUCGAAGUGGAGGAGGUGCGCGGGGCCCGCGGCCGGCUGGAGGCUGCCCUUGUGAGGACUCGGCAGGGGCAGGGCGCAGCGCCGAGGGCUGGGCGGGGACCAGCGGCCGAGCCCCGCCAGGUGGGGAGACGGGCGCCGGAGCGAGAGGCAGGGUCUCCAACUCCACGGCAGCCACUCGGGGCCUCGGGGCAGCAGGGGUCAGGCCAGGCUCCCGCAGACCCGCAGGCGCUCGGGUACCAGGUCAGGCCAGGUCAGUCAGGUCUCCCUUCCUCACCAGGGUACCAGCAGAUAGAUCAGACCCAGACCCAGGCGGUGGCCCCGCCCCCAUCCCUUCCUCCUCCCCCUAUUCCUAUCUGCGUGGGAGCGGUGGAGGACUCCUGGCUCCGCCCCCUGGCGGUGGCCCCGCCCCUUCUCACGUCAGUUCCCGACCCCUCCCGUCCGGACCACACGUUGGCGGCCACGCCCACCCCAGGUCCCUCUUGUGCGCAGGCGCAGCGCGCAGCCGCCGAGUUUGAAAACAUGGCGCCGGGCCCGCGUCUGGUUCUGUGCGAGGAGAAGGUCCGGGAGCGAAGUGGCCUCGGUCCCCACCGUGACCUGGCUGAACUUCAGUCAUUAUCUAUUCCUGGAACAUACCAAGAGAAGAUAACUCACUUAGGAAAUUCUCUGAUGCAUUUGACAGGUCUAAAAUCCUUAGAUCUCUCAAGAAACUCAUUGGUUAGCCUCGAGGGCAUUCAGUACCUGAUCUCCCUAGAGAGCCUCAAUCUCUAUUACAACUGUAUUUCCUCGCUAGCAGAGGUAUUCCGGCUCCACUCCUUAGCUGAACUCCAGGAUGUGGACUUCCGGCUGAACCCUGUCGUGAAAAACGAGUCUGACUACCGCCUGUUUGUUGUCCAUAUGCUCCCCAAGCUCCAACAGCUGGAUGACCGUCCCGUGAGAGAGAGUGAACGGAAAGCUUCACGACUGCAUUUUGCGCCAGAGGACUUGCCCCAUUCAAAGGAAAGCUUUGCGGCCACAGUGGGAAGACCACACCACUCCAGAGCCCGGUGCGCAGAUGCCUUGACCAAGAAGUGUUUGAUCAUGGAUGAAGAUGAUGAGGCUGUCCUGAACCUCAUUGCUGAGUGUGAGUGGGACCUAAGCAAUCCCCCUGGAAGCACCAGCGCCAGCCAGAAGGAACUUGAGGCCGACCUGCAGCAUGCCCAAGAGUCCAGACAUGUGUUCAGCGCUUCUCCAUCCAUCCAUCAUCAGUGUGGGGACUCGGUGAGGAGGGGCCGUGAGAAGAAGAGGAGCAGCUCCGGAGGGUGCUGCUCGGGACAGCCAGCUGAGGACCAGUACUGCGGGGAGCUGCCCACACAGCACGGCCACCCAGAUUCCAUGGAUGGAGAGGACUCUGCCUCAUCCUCACAGAUGCCUAGUUUGUCCUCACAGAAAGUGAUACCUGUUCUUGAAAAGUACAGGAAGCGAAGAACGCCUGGUGGAAAGUUCCAGGUGCCCUCAGAUCGGGAGUGUCUGCGCAGCCUGGACAGGGCUGGUGGGCCCACCAGCUUGGAGGAAAGUCUCAGAAGACAGGACAGCUCGGAGGUCAAGGUGGCCUUUUCCCGCUCUGACGCUGCUGAGCCUGAAGAGCACACUGCACGUGGUCCUGGUGAUGCCAUUGGGCUGUCGCCCAGACCACGCUCUGCAGCCAUGCCUGCACGGAGGGCUGCCCUGGAGACCGCGCUCUUAGGGGCACUGCUGGAUCUAGUGGACAGAUGCUGGAGUGGCAGUGGGUCCCUGCAGAUCAAUGAGGCGUUCCUCGCCCAGGCAAAGCACAUUUUGUCAUCUGUCCCAGCGGCGCAGGACAGUGUAGCACUCGAGUCUGAAGGAAUUAGCUAUCUGGCCCUUGAAAAUAAGUCCCUGCAAAGCCUCCUUGCGGAGCAGCAGCGGCAGUGCACCACCAUGAUGAGUGAGGUGACGGCGGAGCUCAGCAAGGCCCGGAAAGAGAUGGAUAACUUGAGGCAACAUUUAGACAAGUCUUUGGAGGAAAAUAGCAGCUUAAAAUCUCUUCUGUUCAGCAUGAAAAAAGAAGUAAAAAAUGCAGAUACUUCUGCUGCGCUACAUUUGCAGAUCACUGGACUUCAAACAAGUGUGAAGCAACUCUCUGGUGAGGUUGUAGAGCUGAAGCAGCAUCUAGAGCACUAUGAUAGGAUCCAGGAGCUCACGCAGAUGCUGCAGGAGAGCCACAGCUCUCUGGUCAGCACCAACGAGCACCUCCUGCAGGAACUGAGUCUCGCCCGGGUGCAGCACAGGGCAGAGGUAGAGCAGAUGCACUGGAGCUUCCAGGAGUUCAAGAAGACCACAGCCCUGUUCCCACCCCACAGUGCUCAUCUUGGUGGCCGCCAGUCCUGCUAACGCCUGCCCAGAGUCCAGUUGUCCUCUUUGUGGUACAGCCACAGGCUUGUACGUCAGUGUUUCUUUAUCUGAACACGCUAGGGAGAUUUGUCUCCUUCCCUUGGAAUCACCUGAUAAUUUUCAGAUGCAUUCAGGCCCUACAGUUGAGCAUUCUAAUGCACCCUGAAGUGACAGUGAGCCUGGCCCUUCCUGUGCUUGGUCGGACUACCGCUUUGUCACUACACACUCUGGCGUGAAGUUCAGGUGGGGUUUUUAUCUGGGAUGUGAAAGUACUGCAUAAGAUUAGUAAAAUAAUUUCAGUGUGACAAGCAAUCCUCCUUUAAUUGGCUAAUACAUUGUCACUAAAGGUUAAUUUUGUAAAUAGUUCUUUAUAACUUAUAACUGAUUUUCUUAUUGAAUUCCAUUAUGAAACAACCUAUGUACCAUGGUAGGUGGGCAGGAAUUAAAAAGUGGUAAAACUGAGUAGGAGUUACAGUGACAUAUGUGGAACACAUUUUAAAAGUUCGAACUGUGAUGUUAAUGUUUCAUAGUAAAAAUAUAACCCCAUUCA